GUGCCCCUCGCAGACCCCGGCUGGGCUUCCAUCAACCGCGGCGUCCUCAUCUGCGACGAGUGCUGCAGCGUGCACCGCAGCCUGGGCCGCCACAUCUCCAUCGUCAAGCACCUGCGCCACAGCCCCUGGCCCGCCACCCUGCUCCAGAUGGUGCACACCUUGGCCAGCAACGGGGCCAACUCCAUCUGGGAGCACUCGCUGCUGGACCCGGCCCAGGUGCAGAGCGGGCGCCGCAAGGCCAACCCGCAGGACAAAGUGCACCCCACCAAGUCCGAGUUCAUCCGCGCCAAGUACCAGAUGCUGGCCUUCGUCCACAAGCUGCCCUGCCGGGACGACGACGGCGUCACCGCCAAGGACCUCAGCAAGCAAUUGCACUCCAGCGUGCGGACGGGCAACCUGGAGACCUGCCUGCGCCUGCUGUCGCUGGGGGCUCAGGCCAACUUCUUCCACCCGGAGAAGGGCACCACGCCGCUGCACGUGGCGGCCAAGGCCGGGCAGAUCCUGCAGGCGGAGCUGCUGGUGGUCUACGGCGCCGACCCCGGGGCGCCCGACGUGAACGGCCGGACCCCCAUCGACUACGCCAGGCAGGCGGCCCAGCACGAGCUGGCGGAGCGGCUGGUGGAGUGCCAGUACGAGCUGACCGACCGGCUGGCCUUCUACCUCUGCGGCAGGAAGCCGGACCACAAGAACGGGCACUACAUCAUCCCGCAGAUGGCAGACAGGGUGCGCCCAAAGUGCAUGGCACAGAGCCUGGACCUCUCCGAGCUGGCCAAGGCGGCGAAGAAGAAGCUGCAGGCGCUCAGCAACCGCCUCUUCGAGGAGCUGGCCAUGGACGUGUACGACGAGGUGGAUCGCCGGGAGAACGACGCGGGUGAGCGGGGCCGCGGGGAGCAGCCGGGGGGUGGCCGCAGGGUGUCCCCCCCCCCGCUCGGUGCUGGCGGGCGUCCCGGCUCGGGGAGG